CAAAUUCUGCUUCUCUGCUUAAGGUUUUCCCCAAAACCUCCAUUGACGCAGGAAGGAAGGAAGGAGCAAAUAUGGCUGCCACUGUUCCUGCAACUACUCGUUCUGAUCAAACAUGGGAUUUUAGUUGUAAUUUGGAUGUGAGUUUUGAAUCAGAAGAACAUGCUUUGAUUGCUUAUACAUCAUUGGCUGUUGAUAAAGAGUUGCAGCCUGAUAAGGUGAGAAGAGUUAUGUCAGUAUCAAACAACAAGCUUUCUGUGCACUUUGAAGCAAUAGAGGCAAGGCUGCUUCGCGCUUCGUUCUCUGCAUUUGUAGACGUUCUUACACUGGCCACAAGAACAAUUCAAGAAUUUGGUCAAAAGUAAAACACCAAUAUGAAGAGAAAAAAGCUUGAUUCUUUCUCAUUACUCUUCAAGAACUCAAAAUUACAUUGUGUUUUGGUGUUUCUUCUUCGAGCUCAAAUCAUCUUGGGGUUUUCACAGAUUUAUUCAAACAAUGUACUCCCAAGAUUAUUAUUGGGAGUAUUAUUAUGUAGUGCGAACUCGAUUUGAGAAGUGAAAAAAAGAUGGUUACAUUUAAAGCUUUUGAUUUGACUACGUUUUCUUUGUUUCAUUUACUAAGUAAAUU